CAUCUAAAUAUUUGUUAUUAUCGAAAUAAUGAGUGUGUUAAAUUAAUAAUAAUUGUUAUUUUUUGAAUUUAUUUUUCAGAUUUUCCAUUUAAUUGUUAAAUAAACAAACAGAACACGUUCUUUACCCCCUCCCCUCUCGCACGCAACCAUUUUCUCUUCCCAUUGUGUGAUCUCACCUUUAUGACAGGGUAUCAGCUAAGACAUUAGUUUCUGGAUUAUGGUGGGAAGAGAGCGAGAGCUGGCUGAGAAUGGUGUGGAGGUCAAGGUGCAUUCCCAGCAGGGGGACAACGCCGGGCACCCGGUAGGCGCAUCAUCUACGUUGUUGCCCAAAAGAUCAACGCCGUCGCCAGCGGUGCCUUCUCAUCAUUCUCAUCAUCAGCAAUAUGUGUUAUCUGCCGAUUUCAGGCCGUUCAGGCGGUGGAUGCCAUGGUUGGUGCCGCUGUUUGUGCUAGCCAAUACUGUUCUAUUUUUUAUUACCAUGUAUGUCAAUGAUUGCCCCAAGAACUCGGAGUCUUGUAUUGGCAAGUUUCUUGGGAGAUUCUCGUUUCAACCCAUCAAGGAAAAUCCCCUUCUUGGUCCUUCCUCUUCCACAUUAGAGAAGAUGGGAGCUCUAGACGUGGAUAAAGUGGUGCAUCGGCACCAGGCUUGGCGCCUCAUUUCUUGCAUAUGGUUGCACGCAGGAGUCUUCCAUCUGCUCGCGAACAUGUUGAGUCUUGUAUUUAUUGGAAUUCGCCUUGAGCAAGAAUUUGGGUUUAUCCGAAUUGGGUUGGUCUAUGUUAUUUCUGGUUUUGGUGGGAGUUUGUUGUCAGCUCUUUUUAUUCAGAUGGGUAUCUCCGUUGGUGCCUCUGGUGCACUUUUUGGCCUACUUGGAGGCAUGCUUUCAGAGCUGAUUACAAACUGGACCAUAUAUGCAAAUAAGUUGGCAGCAUUAUUGACUCUUGUUUUGAUCAUCAUAAUAAAUUUAGCAGUUGGAAUCCUUCCACAUGUGGAUAACUUUGCCCAUAUUGGAGGAUUUCUUUCUGGUUUUCUUCUCGGAUUUGUGUUGUUAAUUCGGCCCCAGUUUGGAUGGGUUAACCAAAAGGCUUGUCCUCCAGGAUACAUUGCACCUCCAUCUAAAUCUAGACACAAGACAUAUCAGUAUGUACUGUGGGUUGUCUCUCUGAUACUAUUGAUUGUUGGAUUUACUGCUGGGUUGCUUGCACUCCUUCGAGGGGCGGAUUUGAAUAAUUACUGUUCUUGGUGUCAUUAUUUGAGCUGUGUCCCUACCUCAUUAUGGAGCUGCAAGUGGCAGAAUUUUUCUUGUGAGUCAAGCCAACUUGGAAAUUAUUUCAACUUGACAUGCUUGAACAAUGGGAAAAGCCACCUCUAUCUACUAUCAGAUGAUUCGUCUUCCCAAGUUCAGCAGUUGUGCUCUCAGCUUUGCAGUUGACGCGCUCAGAUGCAAGAUUGUAGAGGGUUGGUAUAAUCUUCUUGUUUAACAAAAAAAAGUUGUAUAUGAUUCAUUCUCCUGUAACCUCAAAGUAAUGGAUUAAUUUCAUGAAAAUUAUUCAUUUCUUUUUAAUUGCUUCCGUUAUUUUAAAUUGGGUUAACUGCAACCGAAAGAACUGGUUCAUUAGCAGAAUAGAAACGACCUUGAUGUUUGAUUUAGCACACAA